AUGCAGCAGAGCCCUGGGGCGUCGCCUGGGAAGCCGAGUCGGGAGGGUCUUGCUGCUGCUGCUGAAGUUGCUGCUUCGGUGUCGGACCGCGUGGCUGCUGCUGCGACUGCUGCUGCAGCAGCAGCAGCAGUGGCUGCUGCAGCGCGCGCAGAGGCCACUGCAGCCCUCGCCCGCCGCCACCUACAGCCCUGGGUCCUCGUCGAAGAGUACAGCAAAUGGAGACACGAAGACCAGCAAGAGUUGAGGGUUUGGGAGCCCCGGGGGUCUCGUAUAUUUCGGGAGCACUUGCUGCCUUAUGUGCCUCCAGAUGUGUCUCCUGCUGUGGCUGCUGCGCAAGCAGCAGCAGCAGCGGAGGCCGCGGCCAGCAGCAGCAGCAGCAGCAGCAGCAGCAGCAGCACGCCGGGCAGCAGCAACCGCUUCGCAGCCUUCUUCGGGGGCAGCGCUGCUGCUGCUGCUCUCGCCCACCACCCCUGGGCUGCUGCGCAAGUCAAAGAGCUGCUGCGGGAAGAGAUUUGGGGCGGAGUCCCCGACGCCUACAAGAGCUGCGUGUGGCUGCACUCCAACGGCUCGCUGCAGCAGCAGCUGCUGCAGCCGGGGCUCUACAGCCAGCUGCAGCAGCAGGCCUUCGGGGGGCCCCCCUUUCCGGGCACAGACCCUGGCCGCUGCCCCACCUUCAGUGGGGGCCUCCUGGGUCUUGAAGAAGACGUUUGUGUCAGCAGCAGCAGCAGCCGCAGCCCCGGCAGAAACCCUUUGGGGCAGCGCCUCAAGCCGUUCAACUUCUGGCCCGACACCAGCCACAGGGCCAGCGACACAGAAGCAGCAAACCAGCAGCAGCAGCAGCAGCAGCAACGACGCAGCAGCAGCAGCAGCAGCAGCAGAGGCGCAGCAGGGGGCCCCGCUGCCCAGCCCCCAGCAGCUGCAGCGGGGGGCCCCCGGGGGGCCCCCCGAGAGCAGCAGCGCGGCCGUCCGGGGUGCUUCUGA